UCGAUGGUUUUCCCAGCUCUACAACACAGUAUCGCAGCAAGUCAGGAGAAUUAAAGUUAUAUUAAAUUAAUUAAUUAUAAUGUAUAGUCCAACGGGAGCUGUGUUGAUUUUCCUGCUAACUCUUUUUGGUAGUGGAUGGAGUUAUUUGGAACAUGACAGUUGGAUAACAAUUCAACUGCACCAUUCACUGGCAACUGCGAGUGCGGAGUUUUCAUACCGGGGUAACAUCACAAUACCCAGCUUAAAUUCGGGUCUGUCUAAUGUGGCCCAAGUGCCUCUAACUCCCGGGGAAUUGGAGUUGAUGAAGGAGCUGGCCAACAAAAAUGAAUUCUACCGCCUGAAGGCUACAGUUGUCUAUUCCAACGGAAGCAAACAAAAAUUUUUAACAUCAAACAAAGCCUGUCGCCUGCUACAGGCGCAUUUGAACGAUGUCCUAUGGAUAUCGCUCGACCCAUCUGGAUUUGUAACUUCGGUGACUGCAUCCCAAGACGCAGCUCCUGGUAUUGUUGAAUGUUCACCGGAGAAUACACGGCAUCUGGACGAUGUUGAUUUUAAUACAGAUGUCUUAAUUCGUCAUGCCGAACUUGCUCCGGUACCAGACACUGCUAGCUUUAUACAGAAGGUCGAACGCGAGCGUGAGGCCAGGGAACGCGGUGAAGUGCGUGAUAACCGCGGCUUCUUAGCAAAAUACUGGAUGUACAUUGUUCCCGUGGUGCUAUUGGUUUUCAUUUCUGGAGCUACAAACCAAGAAGCAGGAAAAUAAGCAAAAUGAAAACGCAUUGAGGAAUAAUCUAAGAUUAUAGUCUAUUCUGUCAUCAAUAUAGAAAAAUUAAAAUUUAUAAGUCUCCUAUCUAA